GAAGCGGAAGCAGUUUUUUUAAUGUAGAUUUUGUUUUGGUUCGCUUCUUCCUAGCUAAGUGUAGCUUGGCUCUCUUCUGCAUCUGCAGUUGUAUUUCUGAUGGUUUUCUUUCAGUGACAGCUACAUAAGAUGAAGAAGUUCUUCGAAGACAUAAAAAAGGAUAUUAAAUUUAAAUCUGCAGGGCCCGGGAAGGCGUUAACAGAAGAUGCAAGAAGCAAGCCCGCCGUGGCAGCGAGCAGCUCCAGCACCAAGCACAGCCGCCAUGCUCCAAGCGAAGGAGCGCAGAUGGCAGGGGCCGCGGCCCUGGCCCGCAUCGAGCAGACGCAGCGGCCCAAGGUGCACACCUCCAAGGAGGCCAUCAGGAACCAGGUUAAAAGAGAGCUGGAGGCAGAGGCAGCGGCCCUGGCUGAGAAGGAAAAUGUCGUCAGAGCUGAGGAAUCCACAGUGAGAGAUCCGGCCUGCCUCUCCGUGUCAGGCGUCUACUUCACCUGCCCUCUCACCGGAGCCACGUUAACCAAGAGUCAGAGGGAGGUCCACAUCAAAGAGGCCAUCCUGAUGCGCUUUGAUGAGGACAAUAUUGAGGCUUCUGUUAUGAUGGUCCACACAUUUACCAAAGACAGAGAGAAAGUGAAGGCAGCUGUGGACAUCAUCAGCAAGUAUGUUGAAAAUAUAUGUAAGAACCCUUCAGAGGAGAAAUACAGAAAGAUCAAAGUCAGCAACAAGGUGUUCCAGGAGAAAGUACGUCCUGUGGAGGGAAGCUGGGAGUUCCUGCAGGCUUUGGGCUUCAUAAGUGUUAUGCUUCCUGUGGAGGGUCAAGAGGGGGAAGAGGAGUUCCUGGUAUUACCGGAGCAAAGCGCCGAUGACCUGGAGCUGAUGAAGGAGCGCAGAGAUCGCCUUCAGAGAGGAGAGCCGGUCAGAGCUCAGCUGGACCGGCAGCCUCAGGCGUUCAGGCCGUCUCCCAACGCGCAGCGCUUCGAGCUGCCGCCCGACUUCUACAACCUGACAGCGGAGGAGCUGAAGAAGGAGCAGCAGCAGAGAUCUGAGUUGGUGGAGAAGAACGCCAUGCUUCGCACAAAAGCCAUGAGGGAGAGGGAGGAACAGAAGGAAAGGAGGAAAUACAACUACACCCUGCUGAGAAUCAGACUGCCUGAUGGGAACCUGCUGCAAGCCACAUUUUACGCCUGGGACCGCCUGCAUGCGCUCUUCGAGUUGGUCCGGGAGUCGCUGGUGGACGGCUGGCAGCCCUUUGAACUCAUCGCCCCCGGAGGUCAAAAGCUGCAGGAGUCUGAGGAAGUUUCCCUGGUAGAAAGUAACUUGGUCCCUGCCGCUCUGCUCACGUUCGCCUGGGAUGCGGCCGUGCAGGCUGACAUUGCUGCUGCAGGUGGAAACAGCUCCACGCUCCUCAAACCAGAACUGCUGGAGAAAAUUCAAACCCUGAGCUGAGCGGAGCGUAGGUCCACGAGCUGCACCCCCCCCCCCCCCCCC